AUGGAGGAUGCCGCCCAAGCAGCGCCCCAGUCCAGUGUGCUGUUUGAGGCCCAUCGAGCGCCGGCGCGUUUCCAAAAACUCAGGGAGCCGCCGCGGGACGGCCACAGGAUCACGCUUCAAAUCGGCCUCAGGAACACCCGAUUCGAAGAUUCGAUCGAUGGGCUCUUGGAGCGGAUGUCAGAUCCGAGCCAUCCUGACUUCCGCCCACAUCUGGACGACGACGAGUUUGCCGAGCUGGUUGAGCCAGAUAGCCAGUCCGUGGCAGCCGUCGUUGGUUGGCUGGAAAGUCACGGGUUUCGAAAUGACCAGAUGAAAUGGACAGCGCGCAAAGAUUGGAUUAGUUUGGAGAGAGUCUCAUUGAGGAAGGUUGAGCACAUGCUUAAUACGACUUACUCCGUUUAUCAAGAUCAAGACAGUGAACGUAUUAUUCGAACUGAGAAAUACAGUUUGCCAAAGAAUCUUCAUCGCCACAUUGAUUUAGUGCAGUUCGGUAGUUUGCACAAGCAACGAUCAAGAGUGAGCAAGAUAUCGCAAGUCUCAGAAGUAAAUAACAAGAGGUUUCUGGAUAAUAUACCAGACAUAUGCCUAGGUCCAAUACUUGUGACGAACGGUUGUUUGCGCCGACUCUAUAAAACCGAAAACUAUCAAGUACAGGUCCCGGAAAGGAAUAUGAUUGCUACCACCGGCUACCUCGGCGAGAGUGCAAACUUCGAGGACGCUCAGUUGUUCUUGAGGACACAAAGAGCUGACCAGGUCGGAGGGACGUUUGAUGUUGUCCUCGUUAAUGGCGGAAGUAAUCCACAGGACUUGAAUCAACAACAGAUUGAUAAGCAACUGGGUGUAGAAGCCAAUCUGGACACCCAAACUGCCCUGGGACUAACUCUGCCAACGAGGAACGUCUUUUACUCGGUUGGAGGAAGGCCGCCUUUCAUCGCGGAUUUGGCGACUCCUGAAAACAAUAAUGAACCGUUCCUUGAAUGGCUGCAGUACAUGCUCGCGCAGCCUAUAGAAAAAAUACCCAAGGUUAUCAGCUCAUCUUACGGUGACGAGGAGCAGUCUGUCCCCUUCAGCUACGCGCGCCGAGUUUGUUACGGUUUCGCGGCGCUUAGUGCUCGUGGAGUUUCAUUAAUCUUCUCAUCGGGCGACUAUGGAGUCGGUGAAAGCGGUACGUGUUAUACCAAUGACGGCCACCGAAAGAAGGCCUUCUUGCCAGAUUUCCCCGCAAGUUGCCCCUACGUAACAACAGUUGGUGGAACUGAAAACUUCUACCCAGAAGUAGCGGCAUCCAAGUUCGGACUGGCUGGUUUCGCCAGCGGGGGUGGAUUUUCCAACUACUUUCAAAGGCCCGAAUGGCAGCGAAAUGCGGUAGAUCGUUACCUCCAAUUCCUCGGGCCUGACGAAUUCAAAGGCUUUUACAAUCCAGCUGGAAGAGCUUACCCGGACGUAUCUGCUCAAGGCAGCAGGUACGCCAUAGCUUGGCGACAAACCUUCCUGAGUGUCGAUGGCACCUCAGCUUCCUCGCCGACGUUCGCAUCGAUAAUUGCACUGCUGAAUGACUACAGCCUUUCGUUGGGUGGCCCUUCACUGGGUUAUCUGAACCCAUGGCUGUAUGCUUCCGGCUACCGGGGCCUGAACGACAUCACUCUCGGAAACGCCCGGGGAUGCAAUACCACUGGGUUCAGAGCCGCCGAAGGUUGGGAUCCGGUAACCGGCCUAGGAACCCCUGAUUUCCAAAAGCUGCAAGAACUCAUUAGACCUUGGAGCUUGGCUAUGGCACAAGGUGCAAAGGCUUUUCGCGCAAAGAUCAAAGCUAUCUAA